UGUCACUGUGUUACCCAACGAGUUUCCCGGUGGGUCAUGGCUGUCGUAUUCACAUUGGAUACAUUUGCGUUCACGGUUACGUUUACAUUGACCUACAGUACAACACCUCCAGCUUAAGGUGUCACGUCGCCAUUUCGACCUCGCACAAGCCAAUCUGUGGCAUUCGAGCUGAGCUGCAUUAGCUUGUAGCUCGCGCAAAUACAACAAGCGUCGGCUCGAGCAUCUGUGACGAUGCUGUCCACGCUGGGAUUACUGCUGGGCACAUGCACGCUGUUCGCCAACCUGGCGACCGCAGCUACGUCGCAUCCAGAGAGCGCCCUGCCGUCCUACCACUACGGUGCUCCCAUUACUGUGGAAUGCAUGAGCCGGAGCAUAGACACGGGCGAGCACAUCCAGAACGAAAAGGACGAAAUCCAAUGGAUACCCUUCCCAGUCUGCAGCGAGACUUCGAAGCCACUCGAGUUCCAUUACGGCCUCGAGACGGAGCAGAACUGCACCAUUGCCAUGAUCGACGACCCCUUCUUCCACCUGCUCGAGUUCUACAUCCACAGUGAUGCGCCUCUGGCCUGCAGGUUGCCCGCGAGACCAGCGCCGCACAUCGAGGCCGUCGGCGAGGAGCCCUACAAGCAAGAAUACAUACCAUUGGUUUUCGCCCUCGCAGGCACACUGCAGCUGAGCCAUCUACACAUCAGCACACACCUCAACGUCCUGCUGCACAGUACCCCAAAGCACCAUAUCCACCCCCACGACAGUGGCGUGCUGGAUUCUGGAGCUGCCUACAGCACGAGUCCCUUGAGCCACAUGGAGGGAAGCCAGACCAAGAGGCUUGUCAUUGGCGACCCCCUGCCCUUGAGCUUCAGUGUGCGCUGGUUCCCCACCCCUGCGCUGCCCAAGACCGAGGGCAAGGUCGAAUGGGCCGGUAUGGGUGGGCACAUCUACGCCAGUACCGUGUUUUACGGUCUGGUCUCCUUCAUUGCAGGCGCUUUGGCGAGCACCAUGUACUUCUUUGGUGUUAUCAUGCCGAGAAAGCUGAAAGGAAGAGGUCUUGGGGGUGCGACGCCGCUCGGAUACGGCGUAAACGGGAAGGGCGUUGGCAAUGGAUGGGGCAUUGCCAAACGCAUUGAUUAAUGUCGGUACAUAUCUUGUAAUGACUCCAGUCCGGGCUAGGCUUCGAUACUUCUUGUACAUUGUUUACGAUGGGAGACACUCAUGUUUAAUACGAUUUAAUGGGUCAUGCGGCACAACCCGGAGUUGAUGUUUAUUCUAGGAUCUCGGGGAAAAGAUACCCAAUUUGAACGUGCGGCACAUCAUCGCGGAUAUCGUUGCCGAGAAUUUUUAAUGCCCUCAAAGUAGGGAAAUCAACUCUUUAACAAUAUCAUAUCAAAGGGGCCUUAGUUGCCAAAACAUCUCAAUCUCAAAAACGACUAAUGCUCAAAAGAAAGCCCUCAGCACAAUCCCGCACGUCAUUUCAAAC